CAGGCUGCUGCCCAGCACAACACAAGUCCCACCAAGGCUGUGCCUGCAAGCCCUCAGACCCCAGGGAUGUACAGCAUCCUACUGCUGUUGCUCCUUCUGCCAGCUCUCACCACCUCCUUCUCCUGCAACCACCUUCGCCACCAGGAUGCCAGCUUCUCUUGGAAAAGCCUCCAGAUCCUUCAGGAUAUGGCUCCUCCACCACCACAUCCUUGCCCACAACAAGAUGCGACUUUUCCAUUUCCAGAAACGCUCCUGGAAAGCAAGGACAAGAAGCAAGCCGCCAUCACCACCCUAAACAUCCUCCAAGACCUCUUCAACAUGCUUAGCAGCCCCAAUACUCCAACACACUGGAGCGACCAGGCACGCCACAGCCUCCUCAACCAUAUCCAGCAUUACAUCCAUCACCUCGAGCAAUGCUUGGCAGCCCAAGGCACACACUCCCAGAGGCGAGGGCCUCGCAACUCUCACCUCAGCAUCAAGAAAUACUUCAGACGCAUCCACAGCUUCCUCCAGCACAACAGCUACAGUGCUUGCACCUGGGACCAUGUUCGCCUUCAGGCUCGUGACUGCUUCCAACGCGUGGACACACUCAUACGGCAGAUGAGAAGUCGAGCUCCUCUCACAGCCUCCUCCAAAACCCUCAGCACCCAGUGACUGUCCCCAGCCAACAGCAAUGGCCACCCAGCGAGAGGAACCAACGGCAGCUUGGGCUGGGUCAGCCCAGCACCGCUCGCUCAGCCUUCCACCACCCAAGGGCCACAGCGACAGGGAGACAAGGCAUGAC